AUGCGGUUCUUAGGCUGUGAUGUUACCAAUGAAAGGGAGGACAAGGCUGUGCUCAGGCAGCCCUGGGAGAGACAGAAAGGGAGCAGUGACUGGGAAGCGGAGCGUAUUCGCCCGCAGUACUUUCCUUGCGGGCUGUGCAGCACCGCGCUCCCAGCUAAGCCGACGCGGCUCCGGGAGUACGUCUCCUCCGAGCGGCCGGCCGCCCGGCGUCGCUGCGGGGCUGGCUGCGCGGGCGCCUCCCUUAACGCCCAGGUUUCGGCACCGACGUGGGUCUGCGGCACCGCCGCCGAGCGCCUCCGUCCGAAGCCCGGGGUGACGGCGGCCGUGUCGCCCGCAGCGGAGGCGGCGGAGCUGCGGGAGCGGCUGCGCGCCGUGAAGCACACGAUCCUGGUGCUCUCCGGGAAGGGCGGCGUGGGGAAGAGCACCUUCAGCGCCCUCCUGGCUCACGGGCUGGCGGCAGACGAGGCCAAGCAGGUUGCUCUGCUGGACAUAGAUAUCUGUGGGCCAUCAAUCCCUAAAAUGAUGGGUCUAGAAGGAGAACAGGUUCAUCAGAGUGGAUCGGGAUGGUCUCCAGUGUACGUUGAAGAAAACUUAGGUGUAAUGUCAGUGGGGUUCUUGCUUAGUAGUCCUGAUGAUGCUGUCAUCUGGAGGGGACCAAAAAAAAAUGGGUUGAUCAAACAAUUUCUUCGUGACGUGGACUGGGGUGAAAUCGACUACCUGAUUGUAGAUACGCCUCCAGGAACAUCAGAUGAACACUUAUCUAUUGUGCAGUAUCUCAGUGCAGCACACAUAGACGGUGCUGUUAUAAUCACUACCCCUCAGGAAGUAUCACUUCAGGAUGUUCGGAAGGAGAUCAACUUCUGCCAUAAAGUGAAACUGCCAGUCAUAGGUGUUGUGGAAAAUAUGAGUGGCUUUAUUUGUCCAAAGUGUAAGAAUGAAUCACAGAUCUUUCCCCCAACUACUGGAGGUGCAGAGAAGAUGUGCCAGAACUUAAAUGUUUCCCUCCUGGGUAAAGUGCCUCUAGAUCCUCAAAUAGGAAGAAGUUGUGACAAAGGCCAGUCUUUCUUAUCUGAAGCACCUGAGUCUCCAGCUACAUCGUCUUACAGGAAUAUCAUUCAAAGAAUUCAGGAAUACUGUGAUCAACACCCUUUUCAAGAAGAGAAAAUUAUCUAAUCUAUGAAUGGAAUAAAAAUGUAGUUCACAUUUAAUUAUAGAAAAGUAACUUAUGCCUUGAUUUAAUAGAAGGAAUGUAUUCUUUUUAUAUAUUGCAAAUAAAUUCUUAACAUAAA